UCUUUAGUGAAGAGUUCCACUUUGUCAUUAGCCGGGAUUUAAAACAAACUACAAGCUGCCGAUUGUUUUACAGACCAUCCAGUGACAAUGCUGCCCAAAGGUUUACUAAGGGUUCUCCUUGGUAUCACAAAUGUCCUCUUCUUUAUUGCUGGCGGAACAGCCCUGGGUGUGGGCGUGUGGUACUCCAUGGACAAAUUGUUCAUAGCCGAUAUCAUUGGAACAGACUUGUUCUCCGCGGCCUCCUACCUCUUUGUCUUCUGUGGGGCCUGCAUUGUCAUCCUAGCAUUUGUAGGAUGUGCAGCCACAGUUUUUGAGAGCAAGAAGAUGUUGAUAUUGUACCUUUUCCUUGUCAUCCUCAUUCUCAUAGUGUUUUUAUCAGCUGCAAUCAUAGCUGCCGUGUUCCAAGGCGAGUUAACAAGUUCUCUGGUAAGCAGAAUGCAGACUACAAUGAAAAACAGUUAUGGCAACCAGGUCAAUUCAAAUGAAGAAAAUAGGAGAAUCACAGAAGCCUGGAAUUUUGCACAGAAGACGUUGAGGUGCUGUGCUGUAAAUGACAAUGGUUAUGGUAUUUAUAGGGAAACACAGUGGUACCGCGACCAAGUCGGUCAGGCGAUAGACUUGUCCCAAGUGAAUUUCAUCCCUAUAUCUUGUUGUGUGUACUUGGAACACAGACAGAAAUACCAGAACGCUGAUCUAUGUCAGAGAAAUCCCUACGGUCCUCCAAACAACCCAGACCCAAACUCGUCCAAAAAUGACCACAUGUACUAUGAGGGUUGUCUGACUGCAGCAAAGAAUUUUGGUGAAGAAAAUGCCGGAGUUAUUCUUGCCAUUGGAUUUGGAUUUUCAAUUGUCUUCAUCGCAGGUAUUGUUUUAUCCAUCCUGCUCUUGAGACAAAUGUCUGAGUUUGAUCCAGUCAGCACAAAAGUUAUUUGAACCUGAGCAUUUGCUGUUCGUUGGAUGAAGUGCCAAAUCACCAUGACAGUACGCCUUAGUGGAGAGGUCUUUUGCAUUGCAAAUAAUUGAAGGCGCAUCAAACAAGUUGGGUUACAAUCGUAGCAAAUAAAUCUCUUGUUUUAUGGUUAUUUCAUUGAGAAGAAGCAAUAUUCUACAACUGUAAACAAGUUUUUUUCCUUCUUCUUCUUAGAGAAAAUAUUUACCUGGAGAACAAGUCAUAUUUAAUACUCGAGAUUUGAACCAGUAUGAUAACUAUUUUUUAUGUUAUUCACGUUUCUGAAGGCAUUUAUUGAUAUGACCUACUUACUUGUACUGAUUGGAGCAUUGACGUUGCUUUUCUUUAUUAUGAUGCCUUCUCAAAGAGUUUGGUUGUAGGACUUACUACUAAUUAAAUAAAUUUAAUAUAAACGUAGACAUGUUAAUCUGCUGUAAAUUUAUAAUAUUUUCAAUAAAGGCCAUUUCGUUUGAUUAAACUAAACUUUUAAAUAUCAAAUAGUUUUAAAAAAAUAAAAAAGUAACAUUUCAGCAAUGUUGAUCAAAAGUAAACACUAGAUUGCAAAAUAAAAAUAAUAAUAAAAAAAGAAUAAGAUGGCGCAAUAAGUAAAAUCAUUGGCAUUGUGUAGCUAGAUCAACAGUUAAAAUCAUUGGCAUUGUGUAGCUAGAACAACAGUUAAAAUCACGAAAAAUUGGCCACAAAAGAUCAAUUGUUAGAGUGUCUGUAAGAAGACCGUGACUUUGUUUGAGAUCUUUGACUGGGUCACGUCAAAAGUAAAAGAAUACUGAUAUGUGGCUCCCCUAAGCCUUCUCCCAGUGCUGUCCGUUUUAUGGCACUCACUAAAACAGUAAUAAUUUAGAUGUGAUAAACAUAAAGAAAGUAAAUUUGUCUGAUGUGAUUCUUUUUAAAAAUCAUGAAUGAGACAGCAAUAUGAAGUUGAAAAAUGGUGUGACCUUGGUGCAUUAUAAUGAUGGCUUUUUUGACAAUACUAAAUAUCUGUAUAAUCUUAUAAGUAGGUAAAUGAAAUGUCAUUUUACCUAAUGUAUAAUCUGUUUUGUGGUAGACCGUAGUCAUUGUUUUAAGAUAACAGCAAUUUUCUAAAUAAAUGGCAGAUUUUGUUUUUCUUGGAAAUUUAAUAUGUAUGUAAUUAAUUUUUGAGAACCUCUUUGAUCUAAUUCAAGACUAGGUUGAGUGUUUGUGUUCUAUGUUCUUAAUUCAAUCAAACGUCCCCUUAGUCAUAUAAAUUAUGUAUUAAACAAAUUGCUUUGUGACAUAUGUAUGACCUAAAGGUCAAAGUUCAGAAGAGAAUAUGUAUGUUGUAAUUGUAAAUGUUUUUUUUAUUGUUGCCAAUGAAUUGUGCUUUGUCUUAAAUUGAUAAUUUUAUCUUAUAUGAACCAAAAGGCCAUGUGAACCUGUGCUAUGGUGUAACUUCCAACGUUUCCUUUAAAAUACUACUAGUCCAGAACUGCAGAAGGGAUUUUGACCUAAUUUGGCAUCAAGCUUACAGGGUUAAGGAAUUAGUUUUGUCUUUAAGAAUUAACUCCAUUAAGUACACCUGAAGUAAUUUUGACCUAAUUUGGCAUCAACUCUCCCUUGGAAACAAGAGUUCAAUGUUCUUUACAAGGCAGUGCCCAAAAAUUAGAAAUAUAAAUAAAUAUUUAAAAGACUACUCCCUCAGUGUGACUGAAUGGAUUUUGACCUAAUUGGCAUGGAUUAUCCAUAGGCCAGAUAAAUCAAUGUUGUAUUAAUGGAAAUGUGAGCCUAAAAGGGCAAAUGUAGAUGAUUUUUUUAAACAAAAACACACCUUAAGAAUGGGAGAAAGAAUUUUGAUCUGAUUUGACAGAGUAUCCCUGGGCCAAGAUAACUCAAUGUUGCACAGAAUGCAGACAUUUUAUACUAAUUCUCAAGUCCAUCUCAUUUUGAACACAAUUCUGUCUUCAUUCAGUUAGUACCAGAACCAUGGAAGGCACACUGAUUUUGUACAAAUGUUCCUGUCAAUUGACUUAUCAAAAUGAAGUUAUAUUAAUUCUUGAAGUCAAUAAGAAAAGCUAGCAUGUGCUACCAUGAUCUUCUGGUCUAUUUCUAGUAACAGGUGAGAGGUACAGGCCCAUUGGACCUGUUGUUUAUGGAUAUUAUGUUGAAUAUUGUGAACAUAGAGCAUUGUUGGUGACUGUUGUUUAAUAUUGUAUGUUUUGCAGCAGUAUUUAUGGAUAAUGUGACAAUUUGUUAUUAUAUCAUAUUAAGUCAGUACACGUUCCCUAUAUAUGUAUGUCGCGGAUACACAGAUGUCAAAGAUCAUCUCGAAUAUCUUAUAAAUAUUCAGUGGAAUUAAUUCACUAAUAUAUUUGUGAAUCAAUGCUUUUUGUAGUUGUUUUGUCAUUAUCAAUACUGUAGUUAACUACAAAGUCCAUUUCUGUAUUUGAUGAGUAAAGAAAUCUUAACUCAUUCACCCCUGAAAUUUCAUAAUGAAAUAUUCCAACCUUUGAUUUGGAAGAGUUCAAAUGUGUCUUCAGGGGUGAAUGAGUUAAUUCUGUAUAAUGUAUUCAAAAUUGAGUGUUAAAUAACCAACAUCAUAUGUGUGUAGAGGAAUUCUUUCAUUCUCCAUCUAAGGUAAAGACAAAUAAAGUAAUAGAGCAGAGAAGUGACUUCUGAAGCCAAGAUCCCAUAACUGUUAUCAUCCUUUUUGCAGAUUAUCCGGUAGUUUCGGCAGACCGUCCUCAAACACAGCUUUAUGGUGAUUAAUUUAAAGUUAUAGCGAUAUAUUUGAUAAAAAACAUCCUUUUGUGUCUCUAUGAUAAUGAUAAUAUGAUAAUUAAUGUCAGUUUCUUGAAAUAUGAAGUAAUUUACUAAUUAUAUAAAGUGCUAGGCGAAAAAAUAGACACCGAGCAAGUGUAAAAUAUGAGGAAUUUACAAUUAUAAAAUUUUCAUCAGGAUUUUAAGAAGAAUGUCAGAUUGUUAAAUUCAUUUACAUUAAUGACUGCAUUUUCAUAAACCAAUAAUUUAUUAUCUUUAUUAUAAUUUCCUGUCAAUAAAAAUAAUCAUUUUGAUGUAAAAAUUCAUGAAUGACCCAACCCUAUUCUCAGGUGAAAUUCUUCACAUCUGUUGGUAAAUACUUUAUUCAAGACACAUUUACGGGUAUUUUAUUUUGAAAUAGUUUUUAAACAUGUCAUUUAUAAAGCUUCAAUCUAAAUAAACAAACUUCACUUUUAACUUAAAAAUAAUCAUUAUUACGACUCGGAGAAGAUGGAUGAACAUAUAUGAGCACUAACUUGCUUUUUUCCCUCAAAACCUUUCAUGACACUUAUAAAAAUAAUUUCAAGGAAUAUUAUUAGAAAUAGAAUAUUAUUGUAGGCACUGUGUGCAGGGUAUUAACAUAUUAUUUAAACUAUUAAAAUUAAACGUUGAAAAUAUCCAUAGAACAUCCCAAGGUUGUGUGUAGAGGGGAUUGGUGUAUAUCUAUGUUGGUAUUUUUCUCCCUCUAUCCAGACUAUACAUUUACUUGUGUUAUAAUUGCAAACGUAUACCAAACCAGGUAGAUUUUCUUUUUUAACAGCAGUAUUUUAUGAUGUUUUUAUACAGUUCCUUGCCCAUUUCCAGGGUUAUAUUUGUCCAUUAAAAAUGUUAUUAAUAGCA